GUGUGCACGUACACACACAAAACAGCUGAGCUGAUAACACAGGAGCACAGAAGUCCUCAGACUCACCCGGGGCUGUGUUCCAGACACUUAAGACAAGGAAGACAACGAUGACUGGCAACAAAUCCAAGAGAACCAGACUUGCCUCAGCCCCCUCAUUUCUGGACAAGUCAGGAGGACUGUAUGGACGUUUAGAUGAUGACACAGAACUGGACAAUGGAGACCAGCCAGAGAACACCCAAUCAGAAGCAACCCCAGGGACAGGGGUGGCCGGGACAAAGUCAAGUGGACGGUUGAAAACGGACCAGGGCAUGUUCCACUUCAACCGAGGCAUGGUCCACGACGAAGGCACGACCACCCUGCUGAGACGCAAACCCAGCCGAUGGAGCAGGAGAAGCUCCAGGAAGGCUAAAGCAGACAAGAGCUCCUCCACCACAGAGAAGGACAACCAGGAGAGCCCCACCACGGACUCUCACACACCCCCUAUCUGUGAGUCAUCGUCUGACACCCAAACAGAGCAAGUCCCAGCUGGAGGACAGGAGUCGGAGACCCCCAUCGUUCACUUUUCGAUCAGGGAGGAGGCUGACGACCGGGCCCUCAUAUGGGGGCAAAGCUGUGACAGAGAAGUGGAGGAGGAGAAGGAGGUGAAGGAGACACAGGGGCAGAAGAUUGGGGAUGAGCAGAUGAAGAUGGCAAAGAGAAGCACUCUGAAGCUCUACCGCAAGGCAAUAGACCGGGCUUUCCGGCGAGGAUGGGAGGCCUUUGUUACCAGCCUGUACAGUGUGUCUCUGAGUCCUGUAUCGUCUGCUCCAGUACCCCAAAAAGCCCAGCAAAGUGGUGGAUCUGUACUGAUCGAUUAUAGAUAGGUCAACUGACUCAUGGAAAAUCCCCGCACAGAACACAGUGUUAUAUUAGGAGGGGGUGAAAGUUCACAUUGUGUGGGAAUGGAAGAUACUGUGUUCUUCCUGUUAGCUAUAUUUAGACUUUUUACUGCAUGGUAUAAAUCUCAAUGGACCGUAUUGAAGGAAGAUUAUCAAUUGUGUCUGUUAUCUGAGAUUAUGGUCCUUAUUAAUCACUUAACACAUGGCUAUAAUGAGGCCGAUUUUGUUGUGCUGAUGUGAGCCUGUGACUUUUUUAAAAUGUAAAUUAUAAAAACAUUCACGUCAUCAGAUAUUCUAUAUUUAUUACUGUCCAUGUUGAAAAUGUUUUCAUCUUGUUUAGUCUUUUGACUAUGACAUCUAGGAAAAACACUCACCCCGUGUCUCAAUACAUGUGCUUGUGCACUUCGUGCACUGUGUUUCAGUGCAUAGGGCGCGCACGCUGAAAUUUCGGUUGAGUUAGUGCACUGAAAGCGCCCGGAUAAUCCCCUAACUAUGGUGGAAAACGCAGUGCUUGAACAAUGGACAUGGCGCGCAUUAAACGGCCAUGUUGAUAAUGAAAUGGAGGAAAGGUGGCGUUCAGUUCAGUAGAGGAGUUUGGUCAACAGUCUCCUAAUUAUGUAAGUAAUGUCGCUGAGACAACAACCUUUUCAUGCCAAGCCGAGAAUUGUAUUGUGUGAUAGUUGGCCUUUGGGGUGAAUGAGAUGUAAAUACAACAGGAGACGCUGUGCAAUGUAAACAGUAGCCAACCAAUAUUUUGGUGAGCUAAUGCCAUGCCCAGCCAUCACUUCCAGCGAGGGCGCAGUGCAUAGUGGUCAGAUUUUUCCACGAUUCUAUGCACUGAAAGCCUCAGUGCAAUGUGUGCACUAUGCACUAACCGCCAGUGCACUGACACAAGUGCGUGGAAUGAGACGUAGGGACUGUGUACCAAGAGGAGUCAAGAGGAGGAGAUUAUGUAAUGCCAUGUGUGUGCCUGUGUGUUUUAUGUGUCUAUUUGUGAACUGUUGUGAAGUCAACCGGUCCAUGGACAACAGGUGCAAAUUAUCCAUUUUGACUAACUCAUAUUUACAUUUUGUGUCUAUUAAUGUGCACUGUGUCCAUGGCAAAUAAGCAUGUCAAAUAACUCUCUGUUUGUAUGUUGUUUAUGUUAAUAAAAAGAAGCUGAAAAAACAUC